UUUUUUUUUUGUGUGUGUGUUUGAGUUAUAUAACAAGCUUUUCUUAUGCAAAUUAAAAAUAAUUUGUCUACUAUGGCACAUGUUUAAAUUUAUUCACAACCGAGGCUGUCUCCUCUGUUCUUAACGUCAACAGUCUUUUAUCUGAAAUAAAUAUUCCUGGCUACCUCUGAAGUACUUCAUAAUGCAUUUAUAAAAUGUUUGGGAGUCAGUGAGGUCAGUAACAGAUUAACAUCUAAACGCGUUGAAUACUGUGGAGAGUAACAUCUCAAACUGUGUUUAUAAGGUUCUCUUCUAAACUUCCCCCUCAUACUCACCUAAAAUCAGAGUCUUUUUGGCUAAUCGCGAUGCUUGACUGCAAUUACCUUGUCCUGUUCAUGAUCACCAUUGGUUUGCAUUCAGUCUUUUAUGGCUGAAGAAACAGGUAUAAUCUUCCUAAAUGACAAGUUAAUGCGCUCAGGUAAUUUAUCUGAAUUGCAGUUUGGCAUGCUGGGUCUCCAUUUCCAAGAGCGAACAAUGCCAGUACUAAUGUCUAAGAAAAAUGCUGUCUGUCUUGAAAAUUCUGUUGCUUUCAAGGACUGGACAGCAGGCUGACAGCAGAGGAAAAUACUUGCUAUAGAAGUAGAUAAGUUUUCCAGAAGAGUGAAUGCUUGUGAGAGGCUUUUGGUCCUUUUCUGGACACAGGAGGAAAUGAGUCAGGAUGUUUUGCAUAUAUGAUGUUGUUGGCAAGGGAGAGGAAGAAGUUUUCAGCAAGUGACUCCAUAAUUCUGAAGGGACAGAAAUUCCACUAUGAAAUAAAUGUCCUGACAGCUUAUCUGCAAAUUUAAGAGCUUGCCCAAACUUUUCUUUGUGUUCUGCAGAACACGCACAAUAUUAUGAGGAAGGUCUUAAAUUCAGUGUAAUGUGCAAGUGCCAUUCACAGAGGAUAAACAACUUUGGAGUCCAGAAAUGGAAAAUCCUGAAGUGGCUGUGAGCAGCUGCAGUGCUCACGAUGAUGAAAAGCUUUGCAGCUACAGACGGCACAUGUCAGUAUCACAGGAGGAACUUUUGGAAGACCAGCUGAGAAGGAAGCUGAAAUUCUUCUUCAUGAACCCAUGUGAGAAAUUCUGGGCCCGAGGCAGGAAACCUUGGAAGCUUGGGAUUCAGCUACUCAAAAUAGCAAUGGUUACUAUUCAGCUGGUAGUUUUUGGAUUGAGCAAUCAAAUGGUGGUUGCCUUCAAAGAAGAGAACACUGUUGCAUUCAAACAUCUCUUCUUGAAAGGAUACAUGGACAGAACGGAUGACACCUAUGCUGUAUACACACAAACAGAUGUCUAUGACCAGAUAUUCUUUGCAAUAAACCAGUACUUACAGCUGCCCAACAUUUCUGUUGGAAACCAUGCUUAUGAGAAGAGGGGAGCGGAAGAGACAGCUUUGGCUGUGUGUCAGCAGCUCUACAAGCGAGGAACCAUCUGUCCUGGAAAUGACACCUUUGAUAUAGACCCAGAGAUUGUGACUGACUGCUUGUACAUUGAGCCAAUGAUGCCGUUAGACAACACAACAGUGGGAAAGCACAAUUUGAAUUUCACUCUGGAUUUCCACAGACUGGUGACAGUGCAGCUCAUGUUCAACCUGAAGGCAAUCAAUCUCCAGACCGUUCGUCACCACGAGCUCCCUGACUGUUAUGAUUUCACUCUGACGAUAGUGUUUGAUAAUAAAGCACAUAGUGGAAGAAUUAAAAUAAGUCUAGACAACGACAUAGCGAUCAGGGAAUGUAAAGACUGGCAUGUUUCUGGAUCAAUACAAAAGAACACUCAUUACAUGAUGAUCUUCGACGCUUUUGUUAUAUUGACUUGUCUGGCCUCAUUGAUCCUUUGCACACGGUCAGUGGUUAAAGGAAUUCGACUCCAAAGGGAAUUUGUAAGCUUUUUCCUGUAUUAUUAUAAGAAAGAAGUAUCUUUCAGUGAUCAAAUGGAAUUUGUCAACGGAUGGUACAUCCUGAUUAUGGUUAGCGAUGUCUUAACUAUUGUUGGAUCAACUCUAAAGAUGGAGAUACAAGCCAAGAGUCUGACAAGUUAUGAUGUCUGUAGCAUACUCCUAGGAACAUCCACUAUGCUUGUGUGGCUUGGAGUCAUUCGCUACCUAGGUUUCUUUCAGAAGUAUAAUCUUCUCAUCCUAACACUGCGAGCAGCAUUACCCAAUGUAAUGAGGUUCUGCUGUUGUGCUGCUAUGAUCUACCUGGGCUAUUGUUUCUGUGGAUGGAUUGUACUGGGACCAUACCAUGUGAAGUUUCGCUCUCUGAACAUGGUUUCCGAAUGUCUUUUUUCACUGAUCAAUGGAGAUGACAUGUUUGCCACCUUUGCAAAAAUGCAGCAGAAAAGUUACUUGGUCUGGUUAUUCAGUAGGAUCUACCUCUACUCCUUCAUCAGUCUGUUCAUCUAUAUGGUGCUGAGUCUCUUCAUUGCACUCAUUACAGAUACCUAUGAAACCGUCAAGCACUACCAGCACGAUGGUUUUCCGGAGACAGAACUUCAGAGAUUUGUAUCACAGUGCAAAGACUUACCAAACUCUGGCAGGUACAGGUUAGAGGAUGAGAGUUCUGUAUCUCUCUUCUGUUGUUGUAACGGUCCCAGUGAACAUGUUUAAUGGGGAUUUCUAUCAUGGAGGCUUUAAAGCAGCACGCAUUUCAAGACCUGGAUGGUGGAGCUGGUGGAAAAUCAUAUACCUAAAGCCUGAAUUUUGCUUUUCUCAAAAAAACAGUGUAAGCCUGUGGCAGAAGCUUGCGAUAAACUUACAGUCUUUCUGAUUAGGCACUCCCACUGCUAGUUCAGGGGUUUGGGGGGGUUGCGGUUUUGAUUAGAUUUGUUCUAUUUGUUUCCUCAGUUAAAUUGUGCUAGAAUGCAAAGGGCAUUAAAAAGCUGUCUGUGUUCAGAGACUUGGCUAGAUUAUGUGAGUAGACUAGAAAUGCAGUAACUUUCAACUCUCUGUAGAAAUAGUGCUGGACAACUGCAACUUUGAACACCAACCUAGCCAUUGGUACUCCAGGCAUUAUCUAGCUACGGCUGACCCUGCACUGAAUGAAUGAAAGCUCGCUCUAGAGCCCUCAGCAUUUUUUAUUUAUCUACAUUCACAGUAAAAAAAAAA